UCACCUUCGUUCUGGAUAAAAACACUGAAGUAUGUAUGACACAACCACUGGCUCAUACAUCUCCUACAGCAGCUCUGAUCAUGGCUAUCAUCCUCAUCGCCAUCUUUUUACUGGCGAUCCCCGGGAACCUGUUGGUGGGCUGGGUGAUCGGCACCAGCAAACAGACGCUGACUCCGUCCGACGUCUACUUGUUCCACCUGACGAUAGCAGACGGCCUGAUGGCGCUGACCAUCCCCUUCUGGGCCGUGGCGGUGCUUAAAGGGUGGCUCUUUGGGGACUUCAUGUGCAAGUUUCUCAACCUGGUGUUCGAGGCAAACUUCUACACCAGCAUCAUCUUCCUGGCCUGCAUUAGCAUCGACCGUUAUCUGGUGAUUGUGCACGCCAGCGAGAGUCUCCGGAGCCGCCAGAGGAUGUGCAGCCGGCUCCUGUGUGCAGCAGUGUGGGCCCUCGGCUGGGCCGUCGCUCUGCCCGCGCUUUUCAACGACACCGCCAAGCUUCCCGGCGUCCCUGACUGGAUGAUUUGCCAAGAAACCUUUGACAUCGGCAGCGCCUCCUUGUGGAGAAUAGCCUAUCGCGGGUUCCGACAUAUUUUUGGCUUCUUCCUCCCUCUGGUUGUCAUGGUAACCUGCUACUGCGUCACCAUCGGGAGGCUGCUGCACACCCGAGGUUUCAAGAAGCACCGGGCCAUGAAGGUGAUCAUCGCCGUGGUGAUCGCCUUCCUGCUCUGCUGGGCGCCGUACCACAUCACCAUGAUCGUGGACACGCUCAUGAGGGCCGACGUGAUCGUGUUGGUCUGUGACUUCAGGAAGGCGAUGAACAAGGCUCUGAAUGUGACAUACAGCCUGGCUCUGUUCCACAGCUGCAUCAACCCCGUCCUCUACGCCUUCGUGGGAGAGAAGUUCAGGAACAAGAUGCUGCAGCUUGUCAAGAGGAAAGUCAGACAGGAGAGGUCGGUGGGCUCCAGGUUCAGCAGGAGCAGGUCCACGUCUCAGACUUCAGAAGGCAAUGGCGCUCUCUGAAAACUCAACAGACGUUAUCAUGUUUUUUUGUCCCUUUUUCUUUAAUCUCUCAGCCAGAGAACAAGUCAUGAUCUGGAGUCUUUGCUUAGUAGAGGCUGUUUUAGUUUAUUCAGUGUCAGCAUUUAACCAGAAGUCCAAAAAGGCAUAAAGUGCAUAUUUACAGUAAUGUAAAUGUAAUAUAAAUAAAUACAUACAAUAGUGUUUGGGUUUUUGUUGUUGUUGGGGUUUUUUUGCAGCAGAUAGCAGUAGGUAAUACAAAUAGUUUAAAUAGUAUUACAUUUAAAAAUUACUUUAAUGAUUAAUCGAUUAUCAAAAUAUUUGGCGAUAAUUUGUCAUCUAAAGUCGACUAGUCAGCAGUUUUCUGUUGUCUUGCAUGUGGAUAACUAGAACUAUAAGUAAUGUUUUUUUUCUUUUUACAUUAUUAGUAUGUGCUGAUUAUUUUCUACAUUAAUUGUUUGCUCUAUAUGAUAUGAAGACUUACAUACAUAUAUAGCUUGUGAAGAGGAAAGUCAGACUGGAGAGGUUGAUGGGGUCAAAGUUCAGCAGGAGCAGGUCCUUUCAGAAUACUCUGAAAACACAAUGGACAUUAUCAUGUUUUUUUGUCCCUUUUUUGUCUCUCAGCCAGAGAACAAGUCAUGACCUGGAGUCUUUGCUUAGUAGAGGCUGUUUUAGUAUAUUCAGUGUCAUUCACUCCUUUGUGGCUCACGUCUGCCACCUAUCGAAUUUACUAUCCACUGUCAAAGCCUUUCACAUUCACACACCAGCUUACCAGAUACA